CGCUUGCCGCAAGGUGGGUCUCUAAUCCAUUCACAAAAGCAUUCAAGCAUUUCUCGAAACGCUUUGAUUGAAGAUAGUGUACUGGAUCAAUAAUUGAUUGGUACUCAUGAGAACUGCUUGAGGCUAUCAACAAGAAGCAAAGGAGGCAUCUACUUUAACCUUUGAAAGCAAGAAAAAGUACUUCCAAAAUGCCAUUAAAAGGAGUUUUGACUGCAUCCAUUGCAUGUUCCAACUCUCUAUUAAAAUGUGACUUGCAUGAGCUGGAGGCCUGAAAGCUUAAAAGGGGAAGACAUGGAAGAUCCCCAUUCUGUCAGUAGUCCCAGAAGAAUCCUCAGUCUCUCAAAACAGAGAAGGGCAACAGUGUCCUUUCCAGAUCCAGAUGACAAAGCUUCUGGGUUUGGUGUGGCUGGAGAGCAUGGUCCCAAGCCUGCAGAAGUUUAUGGAUUUGUUGGGUCCAUUUCAACUGUUGUUGCUACAGUUAUUUUCCUGGUAUGUUCAUAUGCUCCUGAGCACUGGUUACAGUCUAUUGGGAUCUUUUACUAUCCUAGCAGGCAAUGGGCUUUAGCUGUGCCAACUUAUGCUAUGGUGACAGUGGUAUUAGCAUUGGGAUUUUACAUUGGCCUCAACUUCAUGGCGACCCCUUCUCCAACUUCCUUAAACACGAUGUUUGAUGAAUACAGUAGAGAACCUAUGAGUUUUGAGCCUUCAAUAGGAGAUGAGCAGCCCAUUGAGCCCAUAGCUGAUAUUGGCAUCGGUCGAAUCAAUGAUCUAAUGUUCAGUGAUGUAAAAUGACACAUUCAUCAUGUGGUAUGGCCAUGCUAACCCCAUUAUCUUUUUAAGAAAAAAUAUAUGCUACUUUUGCUCUCUUAUAUCAAGUUAUGGAACAUUAGUGAGAGCAUUCUCCAAGAAUGCUGGAGUUGGUCUAACCAUUGAGGUAGAGAUAUUAGCCUUGUUGGAAUGCCUAAAGCAGCUAAGGGUUUAUCAAACCUUCUGGUAAAGGUGGAUUCUGCAGUAGUCAUAUCUUAUGAAAAAAUGAGGAGAGAGGCUCAUGGUGGUUUGAUGAGUGGGAUAUGCCAAAAUUUUGAUAUAACUCUGGAGUUGGGUGUUCUUUUUGCUGGAUUCCUUGGGCAGCUAACUGUGUGAUGGAUACGAUAGCAAAAUGGGAAGCCAAUUGGUUCUCUUUUGUAGGGGAUUUUCUACCCCCCAAAUUUUUGUAUUUGUGUUUAUAACCAUUUUUAACUGGGCAUUUCCUUCCAUAUCUAGUGUCAUAGUUCUUCUCACUUUUGCUCAAAGUUAUGUAGUGGUUGUGUUUUCGGAAAGGAUUCCUUAUCCUUCUUUAUA